AUGGCAAUAAGUUUUUUGAAUGGAGAUGUAUCAGACUUGUGCCUAGGAAAGCCAGUGAUUAGGAGGAUUCCGGCGGUCGCCAAGGUCUCCGACGCGGUGACGGCGUUGAAGAGAUCUGGAGAGACUCAUAUCAGCGUUUGGACGUGUGACAAUAAAACCGACGAGUCUUGUGAAUGCGUAGGCAAAAUUUGCAUGACAGAUGUAAUUUGCUUCCUCUGCAAAGAAGAAAAUUUGGCCAAUCCUUUGAAGGCUUUUGAGGCUCCAAUUUCUGAGAUUUUACCAAAAGCUCCUUCAAUUGUCAGGCAUUUGGAACCCAAUUCUAGCUUAUUGGAGGCAAUAGAUUGCAUUCUUGAAGGCACCCAAAACCUGGUGAUACCAAUACAAAACCACAGAAGCACAUUUUCAAGAAAAAAGUUUCCCAACAAAUCAGCAUCUUUCGACUCCAAGCACUGUAACGGUCGCGAAUAUUGCUGGUUAACCCAAGAAGACAUUGUUCGUUUCCUUCUCAACUCCAUCGGAGUCUUCUCCCCGAUCCCUGGCAUGGCAAUUGAAUCACUCCACCUAAUUGAACACGACAUCAUGACUGUUCACUACCUCGAUCCUGCAUCGUCUGCACUGGACUAUAUUUCUCGCUCACUCGUUGAGCAAACGUCAAUCGCAAUUAUUGACGAAGAUAACAGAUUGAUAGGAGAAAUCUCACCAGUGACUCUUGCCUGCUGUGAUGAAUUAGUCGCAGCAGCAAUUUCGACUCUUUUAGCUGGUGAUCUAAUGGCGUAUAUUGAUUGUGGUGGUCCACCGGAGUACUUGAUCGAGUUGGUAAGAAUGAGGUUGGAAGAGAGAAAUUUUGGGACACUGUUGGAACUGAUGGAGGAACUCUCUAAUUCUUCGACAGCAUCAUCAUCUUCUAAUUGUUCCUCUGAUGAUGAGUUGGGUUCAAGUUUCCAUGGUAGCUCGGGACGGAAUUCUCUGGGGAGGAGUUCAGAGGCAAUCAUAUGCUAUCCGUGGAGUUCUCUGGUAGCUGUAAUGAUCCAAGCACUUGCUCAUCGCGUGAGCUGCGUUUGGGUUUUGGAAGAGGACCAUACUUUGGUCGGAACUGUAACAUUUGCCGGAAUGUUGAAAGUUUUCAGGAGCAUUGCAGGUGUAAGCCAGAAAAGAGAAAAUUCAUCUAAGCAAUAA